UCCCUUCGAAACUCACCUGGCAAAAUGCUUUCUCUUUGACUUUCUUAAUUGCUCGGGAACAAGGAAAUAAACCACUUCUUACCUUGAGCACAUAACUAUUUAUGACUGCUCCGUGAAAACAAACAGUGCGGCCCGUGGGAAAGAGCUUUUUUCAGAGCGGGGAAUCAGGAAGCAUUAUAUUAGGUUAAAGUUCAUUAUUAAAUAGUUCGCUGUUUCACCGUAAUUUCUUGUGAGAGUAGGCUAGGCAACUUUUCGAGGACUUAAGAACUUUCGUGGACUUUGGAAUAUAUACGAGUACUAUCAUAUUGUGAGGAACGCAUGGUGAAUGUUUGGGAUGUAUAAUAUGACGUUUCGGCCUAAAAACUGACCAUGCGGUAUUUAACAGGAGAGGAGCUGAGGAAGACAUUGGGCUGGUGGCUGGUCCUAGCCCUGUUUGCCGCAGGCGUCGGCGUCACGUACAUGCGCACUCUCGAGUCCUCUCCUUUCGGUCACGUGACCAGCAGGACGAAUGCUACCUAUGACUACAUCAUUGUGGGAGGAGGUGCUGAAGGAUGUGUAUUGGCCACACGACUGUCGGAAGAUCCCCGGGUUUCCGUUUUGCUAUUGGAGGCGGGAGGGGAGGAGACAGUCAGUCUGUGGAACCACGUGCCCCUUUGGAGCCCCGUCAGGCCGGGAUCCAAACAGGACUGGGGAUUUUCCACAACACCACAGAAGUUCGCAUGUAAAUCAAUGAAGCAAAAGAAGUGUCCAGUCUUGCAACCUAAAGUCCUCGGCGGCUCAUCUCUGACCAGCAGCAUGCUCUACACACGUGCAAGCAAACACGACUUCGCAAGUUGGCCGCAGGACAAGGCUAAAACCUGGUCCUACGAAAACAUCCUGCCGUAUUACUUUAAAUCAGAAGAUAUGUUAGAUGAAGAUCUCAAAAUUUCUGAUCGCCAUUCAACUAACGGUCCACUGCCUGUAUCUGGUGUACAGAAGGAGAUGUAUCUUCUCCACGACAUGUUUCUGGAAGGAGCCAGGGAGCUCAAGAACAAGCCUAUCGACUGCAAUGGCUUGGAGGGAGUUGGUUUCUGUCGGCUAUACACGACCGUACAUGAUGGAGAAAGGUUCAGCUCGGCCAAAGACUUCCUCCGACCCGUCCUGUCUCGCCGUAAUCUACACGUGUCAACACAUUCCACUGUCAUUAAAAUCCUGAUUACAAACCGGAGGGCUGUCGGUGUAGAUUAUGUGCGUAACGGCGAUAAAAAGACUGUUGGUGGAAGUAGAGACGUCAUAGUGACGGCAGGGGCGAUUGGCACAGCUCAGCUCUUGUUGUUAUCCGGAAUAGGACCCAAAGAUCAGCUCACAAAACAAAAGAUUCCAUGCUUGGCAGACCUGCCAGUAGGCAGUAACUUACAGGAGCAUUUGUUGCUCAAAUUGGAUAUUCAGACGAACGAGUCAGUGGGUAUUACCAGAGAAAACGCCUUCAAUGCCCUGUCUUAUCUACAUUACAUGACGCUGGGAAAAGGAUUGCUUUCAACCAGUGGUGGUGUGUUUGGUAAUGCUUUGUUGAGAACUGACGUCACUUCCUCUAAAAAUCGUCCCGACAUUCAGUUGACAUUUUCCGCCAUUGCUGACGAUCUAGGCAAAGAGGAUGAUGGCGAAAAUGAUAAAAAUAAACAUUCCAGCGGCGCGGGCAACACAACAAGUGGACAGGGAUUCACAAUCAUUGUUGAACUACUGCGACCGGACAGUAGGGGAAGCGUUCUGCUAGGGAGUGCAAAUCCAUUUACACAACCCAAGAUAGACCCAAACUAUCUAUUUAAUCCAAAAGAUAUCCAGAUGAUGGUAAAAGGAAUAAAGAUCGCCCUAUCCUUCUUGUCAACGGCACCAUUUCGCGCAAUGAAGGCUCGGGUGCGGGAGAAGCCCAACCCCUCGUGCAUUGAGCAUCGGUUCAAGAGCGAUGGUUACUGGGAGUGUUUACUCAGACACAUCGCGGUGGGCAACGGGCAAGCAACGUCAACAUGCCCGAUGGGGCCCAUUGGAAGCCCAAAGACAGUUGUCGAUACAAACCUAAGAGUGAUGAAUAUUUCGAACCUGCGAAUUUCGGAUGCAAGCGUCUUCCCUAGUUCUGUAUCAGGCGACCUAAUGGCAACACGUGUCAUGUUUGCGGAAAAAGCAGCGGACCUAAUUCGUGGUCACGAGUCCAUCCGGUUUUACAGGAAACUAGCAAAUCGAGCACUGAAAAACAGCUAGGCCUAAGAUGGAAGUGGGUCGAUUCUUGUGCAGAUAUCUCUAAAAUCUAAUUUCAUGGGAACUACGGAAGUCUCUCCUUCAAGCGAACAUCGGAAUUACUAUUUCAUCGUUCACCACUGUAAUGAUAGGAGAAAGAAGACCGUGCAAAACUGCGCGGAAGGCCAAGAAACUUUGCUAGACUAUGGAUAUGCAACUGUUAAAUUUAGUUUUUUAAAGACUAUGUGUUAAUAUUAAUUUUCACAAUGAGGGACGGUCAGACCUAUUAUGCAAAUAUCUCGGCACGUGAUGCUUAUGCGUGCCGUAAGACUUCGGUGCCAACGACCCCCAUCUCUAAACAAAAUACAAUCGAAACUAAAAGAAUGUAUAAAUAUUGGCUGGUAUGCAAUACAGCUUAAGUUAAUCUUA